UCUCUCAUCUCUCUCUGAACUCAUCACUCUCUCAUUCACUCUCUGAACUCAUCUAUCUCAUUUCACUCUCCGGUCUGUCAAGCUCGUCAAUGUCGCCGACCCAUGAAGCUCGACUCAUCCUCAUCUCUCUCAUUCACUCUCCAGUCUCUCAAGCUCGUCAGCGUCGCCGACCUAUGAAGCUCGACUCAUCCUCAUCUCUGAACUCAUCUCUCUCAUUCACUCUCCAGUCUCUCAAGCUCGUCAACGUCGACUCGUCCACCUCAAGCUCACUCCGCUCUCAUCUCAAGCCUCUCAAGCUCACUCUCUCAACGUCGCCGGCCCGACCAUCGUCAACGUCGCCGCCAUCGUCAAGUUCAGACCCACGCCGCCGAUCUGCCUUGACGCACUUCUCUUCCGCCGAUCCACUUCAGGGAAGUUUAGAAGAGUCAGCGGCGGUAUUUUAGAAUUUUCUGUGGCAAUGGUGGCUGUAGAAGAGUCGGCGGUAACGGUGGCGGUGGCGGCAGCGGUAACGGUGGCGGUGACGACGGUAGUGGUGGCGGUUGCAGGUGGUUGUAAUUGUUAUUUAUUGUAAUGGAUAUAUUAUUUU